CUCGACUUGACUCGACUCAGUUGUUAUUGAUAGGCCAUAAUGUAAAUAGGUGUAAAAGUUCUCUUUUUUUGCCUAAGCUAUUGGCUUUGGGUCGCUUGACCAUAUUCUUGUUUUGGAGACUUUGGACUGAGCAUAAGAGUUCGCCGCUGGGCAAACUCCGGCGAGAACCAAAACCCUAUAAACCCUACACACACUCUCUCUCUCUCUCUUCUCAAACACAUACACGCUCGCUCGCUCGCUAUGCCGUCGUUUCCUCAGCCGGGCACUGUCACCAUUUGUGAAAUCAACAGAGAACUUGUUACCGCAGAUCACUUUAGCGAUGACAAGGCCAGGGAUACAUACGCUAAAAUCCUCGGAACUGUGUUUAGUCCCAUUGCAUUCGAGCCUGACAGCUUAUCGGCCACUACAACUGACUUGGAAACCGUUCCGCAAAACAAGGGCAGUUUGGGUAUUUUAUCAUCAGCCGUGCAAGCCCUGUUGAGUGGCUCAGUCAGGCCUCUUUUGGAGCCUGCUGAUGUAAAACUAUUGCAAGGAAUCGAUCUUCACAGCUUAAGUUGGCACCACUACAAACCUAUUUUAGCAUUUAUUUCUGGACCCCAUCAUGUGACAAUCUGUGAUUACGAUGAUUCCGAUGGAAAAACUACUUGCGUCUUAUCCCAUGAGUCACAAAAAGAUGUAAAGAUUCUCGAAUGGAGACCAAAUGGAGGGAAAACUCUUUCUGUGGCUUGCAAUGGUGGCAUUUGUAUCUGGGUUGCUUCUAAUCCCGGGAAUGUUCCAUCUGUGAGAUCAGGGGUGCAUUCAAACACACUUUCAAGAGGCACCAUGAGUCGAUGGAUUCUGGUGGAUUUCCUUCAAAGUUCUGAUUCUGAACUUAUUAGUGCAUUAUCAUGGAGGUUGGGAACUCCUAUUCGAAGGGGCUUAGGGGGCAUAUCUUUGUUGAAGUGGUCUCCCUCUGGAGAUUAUUUCUUUGCUGCAAAAUUGUACUGUAUUUUACAAGAUAUUGCUGAGUUUAAUAUGCAUGUUGAGACCUUCAACAAUUCAGUGAUGGGACAUUUUAUCUCUGGGAGACAAAUACAUGGACAUCAGAACCAUGGUCCUCGAAAAACGGAGUUGUCACGAAUUGUGCCUUCUGUAUUUAUUCUCUUCUGUUUGUUAGGAGCAACGUGGGAUCCCGAUGGGCGCAUGAUACUUCUUUCAUUUUCUGAAUCUUCAGCAUUGGGAUCAAUUCACUUUAGCUCAAAACCUCCAUCACUAGAUGCACAUCUUAUACCAGUUGAAUUACCAGAGAUCAAAUCUUUAACUGACAGCCAAGUUAUUGAGAAGAUAGCAUGGGAUGCUUCAGGGGAGAGACUUGCAGUAUCUUAUAGAGAUGGAGAUGAAUUGUACAAAGGUCUAAUAGCCAUAUUUGAUGUUAAGAGAACUCCCCUAAUUUCAACUUCAUUGAUUGGAUUUAUCCGAGGACCUGGGGACAAUCCGAAGCCAUUAGCAUUUUCAUUCCACGACAAGUUCAAACAAGGACCAUUGCUUUCUGUGGUCAGACAUCUGCCUCGUUUUAUAUAUUUUCCAUUUUGGUUCUCUGCUCGUUCAUUCUUCUUUUAUUAUAAGAAUGAUUUAGUCAUUCUGCAGAAGAAAUCGGCAGUCGAUAUGUUACAGAAGUUGCUGUUGGAACACUGGAUUUUGCUGCACGUACCCUCUCAUAUUCCGUUCAAAUGUUGUACCAUAGUUGAGGUGUAUCGACUAAAAUGUGACCAUGGCAGAUGGAUCUCCUCAGGUUUUUGCCGAGAUUGUCUGGUGGUGAAGUAAUGUUUUUGAAAAAGUCGGCUUGUGUUGUGCUCUCUCGUUCGUUAUUCUUUUUUGUGACUUGUGAGGUUCUUUUUUAGUCUUAUUAUUCAGUGGGACUGGAUGAUAUACAUACAUUACAGUGGGAAAAAACAGCAAGAAUGCAACAAAUGCAAGUUUUUUGUUCAUGUCAUUUUAAUUUUGAUCGAUAUCCAUGACUAAAAUCGUCACUGACUCAAGAUUAAUGUCCCCUUAGGUUUUGCAAUAAUAACCAGAGCCAAUCAAUCUAUGGAGCUACAUGAAUUGCAUCUCAUAUAAUGUUAUGUAUAAACUCUUGUGAACAAUAUUUGUAAUCAUACAAUCUUGCUGUAAGCCUG